GCGCCUUUUCUUGAGCGAUAGCGAAUCGUUUACUAUGGAAUGGAGAGUGAGCCGAUGUCAGAUUGAACGGCAUAACGGCGCCUGCGCACUCGAGCAGUCCGCGGCCCAGGCGGCAGAGGGGAAGAUGGCGGCCGUGGUACAGAAUGUGGUGAAGCUCCUUGGUGAACAGUAUUACAAAGACGCAAUGGAGCAGUGCCACAACUACAAUGCCCGACUGUGUGCUGAGAGGAGUGUUCGGCUGCCAUUCUUGGAUUCACAGACUGGGGUGGCGCAGAGCAACUGUUACAUCUGGAUGGAGAAGCGGCACAGGGGGCCAGGUUUGGCCUCCGGGCAGCUCUAUUCCUACCCUGCUCGCCGCUGGAGAAAAAAACGCCGUGCACACCCUCCUGAGGAUCCCAGACUUUCUUUUCCUUCCAUUAAACCAGACACUGAGCAGACCCUAAAGAAAGAUGGUCUGAUCUCUCAGGACGGCAGCAGCCUGGAAGCGCUCCUGAGGACAGACCCUCUUGAGAAACGCAGCCAGCCUGACCCUCGGACUGAUGAAGACAGCCUUGGCGAAUUCCCCAUUGCCAACAGCCGUGCUCGUAAGCGCAUCCUGGAACCAGAUGAUUUCUUGGAUGAUCUGGAUGACGAGGACUAUGAAGAAGACACGCCAAAACGCAGAGGCAAAGGCAAGGCAAAGGGCAAAGGAGUUGGGGGUGCCCGGAAAAAAAUCGAUGCAGCCGUUUUGGAAGACAGAGACAAACCUUAUGCCUGUGAUAAUAGUUACAAACAAAAGCAUACCUCGAAACCUCCUGACCGAGUCUGCGGGAAGCGUUACAAGAACCGGCCUGGGCUGAGCUAUCACUACGCGCACUCCCACCUGGCUGAAGAAGAAGGGGAGGACAAGGAAGACUCACAGCCCCCCACGCCUGUCUCUCAGAGGCCCGAGGAGCAAAAAACAGCCAAGAAGGGCCCUGAUGGUCUGGCCUUGCCCAACAAUUACUGCGAUUUCUGCCUGGGAGACUCCAAGAUCAAUAAGAAAACAGGGCAACCGGAGGAGCUGGUUUCAUGUUCUGACUGCGGGCGAUCAGGCCAUCCUUCCUGCUUACAGUUCACUCCAGUCAUGAUGGCGGCAGUGAAGACCUACCGCUGGCAGUGCAUCGAGUGCAAAUGUUGCAACAUCUGUGGGACCUCAGAGAAUGAUGACCAGCUACUGUUCUGUGACGAUUGUGAUCGUGGCUAUCACAUGUAUUGCCUAACCCCACCCAUGUCAGAGCCUCCUGAAGGGAGCUGGAGCUGUCAUUUGUGUCUGGACUUGCUGAAGGAAAAGGCCUCCAUCUAUCAGAACCAAAACUCUUCCUGAUGGGUGUCGGAACAGCAGAGAAGAAAGGGGGCUCCGAAGAGGAACCUUUGGCUGUUUGCUGCAUUACAGGGGCUCUUUUUCCUUUCAUGGUUUACUCUUUCUUCUACCACCCUUUUGCUCUUGGUCGGCGUCUCCUGCACCAGUUGGAUCGGGCCCCUCACUGGCUCUCGCUGUUGUUCUCUCCACCGUGGUUUGAACCUCACUCGCUUAGCAGUUGCCCUGGGGAGUGAAGGGUCUUACCCCCUGUCCUCCUGAGACCUCUGCCCACCUGGAGGUUUCAGGCACAUGCCCUGAGGCGACGCAGGGAGCGAUCCCGGUUCUCAUCCCUGGCUGAGGAUCAUCAUAUCUGCAGCUUUAAUGCUAGGAGGAAAGCUUCUUAAAGUGACCUGGACAGGAAGCCGUGCUUCGCUUGCUGGCAGAAGGGAAGGACCGCCUCCUCACCUCACUAACAUUGUGCUAUUGAAUUGAGAGUUGAUCCCUAGGCAUCUGCCUCUGCAGGUCAGGAAGGCAAGUGGAAAAGGAGAGUGCUUUGAAUGCGCUUUCCCCCUUUUCUCUGCUUUUUCUUUUCCUGCAUUCGAACACAACCCAUUUGCCUGGAAAAACCUACAGGGAGAAGAAGUUGCCAGCCCUUUUGUCAUCUGUUCUCCCACUUCCUGAAAGAAGUGGUAUUAUUGCUGGUGUAACGCAAGAGGAACAGGAUGCCCAGUCAAGAGCCGCCUGCUAGGCCGUGAAACCAGCAGAGGUUCCCGACUUGGCUCAGGCAGGUGUGGCUCCAUCUACCUAUCUGGAGAAGAUCUCCUUAGGUUUACUCCUGACUUAGUGGAGAUCGGAGGUUGCCCAAAGAAUCCCUGUUGAAGCAAAAUCAUGUUCAUGUUUCUAACAAACAUGUAGGAUUGUGUGUUUGACUCAGGGCUGUCUUCUGGUGUAGUGGGAUCGGAGGGAAGCCCCCCUUUUCCUUGGAGCAGAGAAAUGGUCUCUGGGCUUUCCUCACUCCACCUCAGCAAGCCCCAGAUGCAUGGGAUGUUGAUCACAGCCCCAAGCAGGCAUAUUUGUGUAGCAGUGGAUUUUAGUACAUUUUAAUCCUUGGGGUGUCUUUCCGGUGUCUCGCCAGCAUGAUAGAUCUCCCACAUGCACACCCCAUUCUUCUGGUUUUGGGACUGUCUGCUGGACAGUCAGUUCGUUGUUUGGCUGGUAAAAGCAAAGGACUUCUUGGGCUGGUAGCUCAUUGCCUCGAGGAGUGGGGCUUGUUUAACGGAGCUCAGCCCUUCAGCUUAACAGCGGAUGCCUGCAGUGUUCGUCCCAAGACCGUCCACCGCCCCCCGAUGCGUUGCGUGCCUCUCUGGGAGUGUGGGCUGCAAGUGUCGGGCUGCCUGCCGGGGUUCCCCUUUUGUCUAAGCCUUACUUGACGUCUGUUUGCCACAUCCUGGUUCCCCCACAUUGUACAUGCGUGGUGUCUUCUUUCAACCCAUGCUGCUUUUCGCUAAGAACCCAGUGGGGGUUUGUGUGCUGUCUGGCCUGCCAGACCUGAUGUUUGGAAGCAUCUUUCUGGGAGCGAAACUGUCUCGCUUCUGUCACCCUCUUUGCCUUUUGUGUCCCUUCCUGGGAGGAAUCAAUCCCAUAAGUGACAUUUCCGAAGCUCUUCUCGAAGCCCCAGCAUUAUCAUUGGCUCUGUUAAUGGGAGUUUUCUCCGUUCAACCUGGGUUGUGGUAGAGAGCAGAGGAAGGGAGCGCCUCUGAAACCGGGUGGUGUGUAAUAGUGUACUAACACAUGUGCCUGUUUUUUUUCUAAAAUUGACUUCAAACCUACCUCCAAAGCCCCCUUUUGCAUUUUCCCAUGUGCUCUCAAAAAGCGUUUGAAUCCUUCUCUGCCCACAGUCUCCAUUUUCCUGCAGAAGGCAGCGUGGGAUGGCUCAGGGCUGUAUGUCAAAGUGGGAGGGGGUGGUGAUUUUGCCUCACUGGGCCGUGAGUGCAAAUCUAGCCUGCAGUGGGUUUGGCUUCACAUGAAAGCCCAACUUGCUACCCUGCCGGUUAGGUUGGUGUCUGACCGGACAAGAUUUGGCCUCUUAGGGAUAGCUGUGUGGGAAAGGGGUAAACGGAACGAAAGCUUGUUAGCCCUCCUACCCUGGUUGCUGUGCAGGGUCUUCUUCUUCAGGUGGGUUAGAGGCUUUCAGGUUUAUAAGGCCCUGCGAACUCAGAGUUUAUGUGAAACGUGAAGAAGGACCUCUCUGUUGGUGUCAUUGUGCACUUACGCUCCUAGAUCCCCUCAGGGCCCCACCUCCCACAGAGAAGCAUCACCCCCCCACCUCCUCCCACACACUUUCCUAAAUCUUGCACUUUUUUUCUCCCUUAAUUGGGUGGGGGAGGGAGGGCGGAUUGGGGGGGCGGUGGAGGGGGAGGGUUUUGGCCGUUAAGAAUCUCGGCUAAGUCGCAUUGGGGAAAUUGCUGUCCCAAUCCUAGCUGGGGCACGUCUUCGCUCAAAGCAUCACACACCGUGUCUUAAAUUCACUACCGUAAUAAAACACCAAAAUGGCUUGUUUUCAGACCUCUGUUUUAUUGUAGUUUCUCGUCUUUUGGGUGGGUGGUAGUGGAGUAAUAGGUUGUGGGUGGGGGCAAGUUGUUGUUGUUGUUUUUUAAAAAGCUAUGUGAAACCCCCACUGCAUUGUGGGAAUUCCAUGCUCAGGUCAAUUCUGUCGUUGUGGGGGAGGGACGGAAUAGAAAAGCGUAGCCUGGAUUCAUACAUUGGUCGUCUUCAAUGCUUUUGUAUUCUGAGGUGAGAAGGAAGAAGGGGCGCCCGCCUCUGUUUCUCUUCCCUGCGUUGCUUCUGUUCCUUGGGCAUUUGCAAAAAGACUUCCGGCUUCUUUUUAAAUGCAUCCAAGGGCUGGAAGGUAGGCUACAAUACCUCAACACUGUGCUUUUGUGGUGUCCCUAAGUCGGUUCUGUAGAGUCCCUUGCGCGCCUGGGCUGCCCUUCCUUCUCCCUGCUUCCGCUCCCCAUCCAUCCUGUCUCCAGCUUAGCAUUGAGUUGGUGGCUGUGUUUCUUCUUGUCCCCAAAUGUUGCAGAUGAUUUUGUGUGGGAAUUCGUUUUCUGUUGUUGCUCUUUUGCUUUUUAAUUCUCUUGAGAGUCGCCCACCCGCCAUUUUUUUUUUAAUUAGCAGGUUAAGUUGAAGUGUAUUUGGCUCUUUUAUUUUAAGGUACUGUAAUAGGCAUUAGUGAAUAAAUAUCAUUUUUACACAG